AACUUAACUUAGCAUAACAAAAACAAUAAUGGCGUCAAACCCAGAGCAGUACGAUUCUGCAUUGUUAGGAAUUUUACAAAAUGAAGGAAAAGUUGCACCAUUUAUUGAUGUUGUUCUCGGGUUUUUAUAUAGAAGAACUGACUUCUUUAGAAUAAUGAAAAAAGACACAGAUAAACUUGGAUUUCCACCUGGUGUUGCCUUGAAACUUUUAGAAAAUAUUUUCAAAAAGUAUGAGAACUUAGCAGCACAAGAUUAUAAGAGGACAGAAGAAAUGAAAAAUUUAAGAGAGAAGAUGACAGAAUCUGCCUCAAAAGAAUCAACAGAUGCUGAGCCAAAGGUUAAGGUCAUCACAGACACUGAAAAAACUCCAAAAGAAUCUAAAAGUAACGAAGAAAGAAGUAAAGAUGAACCAGUAGAGAAAAGAAUGAAAGAAAUGCACAUGGAAACGCCGGCUGAUUCUCAAGUGAAGGAAUCAACAUCUCAGGACAAACAAAAUACUGAGUCAUCAAAAGAUAAGGGAGAUAAUGAUGAUGAUGAAACGGAAGAUCCUGAGCAAACAAGACUUCGAAGAGAACUCCAGGCUAACCCCCUCACUUAUAAUGGUGCUGAACGUGAAUCUUAUUACUGGUCACAAACAAUUACAGAAGUGGAUUUAAGGGUUAAGGUACCUAAACACAUAGGAAAAGGCAAGCAAGUCAAAGUUGAGCUCAAGAAGAAACACAUUUCUGUCCAAAUACAAGAAACAGACAAUAGCUGGAGAGACGUUGUGAACAAUGAUAUUUCCUGGGAAAUCAACACAGAAGAGUCAAUGUGGACACUGAAUCCUGGAGAAUUUGUUCAUAUAAAUCUGGAGAAAAAACAAGAGAGGUGGUGGGAACAUGUCUUUGUAGAUGAGCCAAAAAUCAAUACUCGUAAAAUUGACUGCAGCCGACCCAUGACAGAUUUAGAUGACGAGGCCCAGGCUAAAAUAGAAGAAAUGAUGUACAACCAGCGGCAAAAACAACUGGGACUUCCACAGUCUCAUGAACUAAAAACACAUGAAAUGUUAAGGAAAGCCUGGGACGCAGAAGGUUCACCAUUCAAAGGCCAACCUUUUGACCCAAGCAAAUUCAAUGUGGACACCAGUGGCAUUGUCAACUUUGAUAAUUAAUGACUUAAUUUGAAUAUGUAUGAAAGUUCUUUAUAAUUUUGAGUAAAUCUGUUUUGCAUUCACUGUGUUAUUUCACUUGGUAAGCUUAUUGGGGGGCUUGAGAAUUUUGACUUGUGUUUGUCAUAACAUUAUGUCAAGAAAGUUGCAUUAAAUAACAUUCACAAUAUAA